AUGAAGGUGCUGGAGUGGAAUACCGCUGCUUUCUCUCUCUUCCUGAUAUGCCAUUCAUUGUUAUUUGGCCAAUCAUUAGGACACCAAAUUGCAUUAUAUGUGCACAACAAGUGCCCCUUUCCAAUAUGGCCGGCAACAGCCCCCAACACUGGCCAUCCAGUAAUUGCCGAUGGUGGAUUCUACCUCCCCGCAGGUGAAACUCAACGCAUAUACGCUCCAUGGGAUUGGAGCGGCCGAAUUUGGGCCCGAACUGGCUGCAAUUUCGCUUCCAAUUGGCAGCCUGCCUGUGAAACCGGUGAUUGCGAUGGACGACUAGCAUGUAAUGGUCUGAUAGGCACACCUCCAGUUACACUUGUGCAAUUAUCACUUCAGGCAGAUAAAAGCAUGCCAAAUUUUUAUGACGUGAGCUUGGUUGAUGGAUAUAACCUUCCUGUUGCGGUUACAACUAAGCAAAUUUCACCUAAAUGUACCGUCGGAGGGUGCUCAAAAAAUUUGAAAAAUUCUUGCCCUGCGGAGCUUCAAGUCCUUAACAGAUAUGGGAAAAUUGUGGCAUGCAAAAGCGCUUGCUUGGCUUUCAAUCUUGAUUCAUUUUGUUGCAGGAAUGAAUAUGGAAGCCCUGAGAAAUGCAAGCCAAGCGUGUACUCAAAGAUGUUUAAAGCUGCCUGCCCUUAUUAUUACAGCUAUGCUUUUGAUUCGCCUGCCCCAUUGGUGAACUGUGCAUCCAAUGAGUAUGUUAUAGCCUUCUGCCCUUCAUCAUGGGGUAGUGAGGCUACUUCGAUAUAA